GUGCGUGUUAGGUUACAGCUUAGGGUUCGCGGCCGACGGCGUACAUUUGUGCACAAGUAUAAAUCAGCCUUUACUCUGGAUUUCCAGCAUCUGCCGAAACUCUUGCAUUUACGUUGCGAUGACCACCUAACGUCUUCCUUGACUCAGGGUCUUUUAUUUAACAACAGGAAUUCUGCGGAUGCUGUAAAUUCAAGCAACGCACAUCAAAGUUGCUGGUGAACGCAGCAGGCCAGGCAGCAUCUCUAGGAAGAGGUGCAGUCAACGUUUCAGGCCGAGACUGACUGAAGGAAGAGAUCGGAGUGAUCAGCUAUUUUCAAGAUGGAUAGUCCUGGAUGGAAAGGCAGAUUGCAGAUUGCAUGUGCUUUUAGCAUUUUCAUCAUGCUGCCUUGUCCAGUCACACAAGGGGCUAAAAUAUUGGUUGUGCCCGUGGAUGGAAGUCAUUGGAUCAAUAUGGAGAUACUAAUAGAAAAACUAAAAGAGCAUGGACACAAUAUCACAGUGCUUUCUUACUCAUCAAAUUUCUAUAUAAAAGAAAGACCCGAUCUCUUUGAAUUCAUAACGACUGUAAAAGAAAAAUACAUUGAACAAUCUAGUCCUAUCAAGCUGAUUAAAUUGCUUGUGCAAAAUUCAUUGGAAAUCUUCCAGAAUGGUUGGACAACAUGGGGCAAAAUUAAGUUGCAGUUAUAUUCAAAUGUUUUCAGGUAUUAUUUACAUAGCUUGUUUCAGAAUAAAACCAGUGCAAUAUUUGAAAACAAAAGCUUGUUAAACCAACUUAAGAAUGCAAAUUUUGAGGUAUUGCUUACAGAUCCUGUUUUAGUUGCUGGUCCAAUGCUUGCCUAUUAUUUAAAAGUCCCGAUGGUGUAUAAUGUUCGAUGGCAUAUUAUUGGAGAAGCUCAUUCUCAUUUUGCCCCAUUGUCACUUUCUUACGUCCCAUGUCCAGACACACACCUCACAGAUAAAAUGAAUUUUCUCCAGAGAACAGAAAACAUUGUGCAAUAUCUUAUUCAGCUAGUCACCGCAAAAUUAUUUAUAUACCCAAUUUAUAAUGAAAUCUGUCAUCGACAUCUGGGACCAGACACAGACAUCCAAACACUUCUCUUGAGGGCUGAUGUGUUGCUGAUGAGAGUCGAUUUUGUAUUUGAAUUCCCAAGACCCACCAUGCCAAAUAUUGUGUACAUUGGAGGCUUCCAGUGUAAACCAGCCCGACCACUAGCGGCAGAGUUUGAAGAAUUUGUUCAAAGCUCAGGGAAGCAUGGACUUAUUGUCAUGUCAUUAGGAUCCCUUAUUGAUUCCUUACCAAAGCAGAUUGCAAUGGAAAUAGCUGAGGCAUUCGCUCAAGUACCCCAGAAGGUUAUUUGGAGAUAUGAUGGAGAAAUCCUUCCCAAUAUAGGUAAUAAUACACUACUGACAAAAUGGAUCCCUCAGAACGACCUUCUGGGACACCCCAACACACGAGUCUUCAUUUCUCAUGGUGGUACCAAUGGUAUUUCUGAGGCCAUCUACCAUGGGGUACCAGUGAUUGGCAUGCCUCUUAUUUUUGACCAGUUUGACAAUGUAGUCCGACUUGAAUCCCGAGGUGCAGCAAAGAUGCUUAAUGUUGCAACUAUGCAUUCAACAGAUCUCUUGCAGGCACUUAAUGAGGUGAUAAACGGCACAUUUUACCGGGAUAACAUGAAGAAACUCUCUGCUCUCCACCGGGACCAACCAGAGUCGCCAAUGGAGAGAGCUAUUUUCUGGAUUGAGUAUGUUGCCCGACACAAAGGAGCAGGGCAUUUGCAAUCUGAAUCCUACCAGCUGCCCUGGUACACUUACUAUUGUGUGGAUGUGAUGGUUUUUCUGUUGUCCAUGUUCUUCAUGCUCACACUGCUGGUGGUUGUAGCACUGAAGAAACUUUUUUGUAUUACAUAUAGAAGAAAGCAAAAGACUGAGUGAGGUUACAUUAUCUUGUGUUGGGAUAUGGUGUUUUAUGCUCUUUCCAAUUAAUUGAUUUUUUUCCUGAAAUUAAUGCAUGGAACCUUCUUUCUAGAUUUCAUGAAUUUAGCAAGGCUAUUUUGAGAAUAAAUUACCAGCAAUAGACACAUUAUAUAAUAGACUUUGUGCUUUGAUAUGCAUAAAAGAAUUGUAACUAGCUGAUCCAUAUUUCACUGGGAAAAUAGGGGAUGUAAAAGAGUAAAGCGACCAGAGGUGUAAGAGAAAACAAACUAAUUCAGCUGAUCUAUGAAUAAAGAAAUAUUCUUUUGAAAGGUAUUUGAUUUUAAUGAUUCUUCAUGUCGGUCAAAUUAAUUUUAUCACUCAUGAAUCCUAGUGAAAUUUUGGUCUAAAAAUUAUGCAAGAAAGGUCAAUAUUCAGUGUCAAAUGUAUCUUUGAUGCUGAUUGCAGGACAGAACAAGUAGUUUUCAAUGUGCAGGAAAAAUGCAUUUACACAUAUCAUCUGCAGACAAAUAGGCAGCAAUAUCAAGUGAUCUGAAGAGGAAUGAGCCACACAGUUCCCUAAACCUGUUGAGUCACUCAGAUUCCAUUAAUGUAUUGUAUGCAUUAACCUUAACAUGUUUGCUCAACGACAAUCUAUCAAUGUUCAUCAACCAAUUAUCCCUCCAGACCAGGGGUUCCCAAACCUUUUUAUGCUGUGGAACGAUACCUUUAAACAGGGGUUCUGCGGACCCCAGUUUGGAAUCCUGCUCUAGACUAAGUCGCUGAAGUAACUUGAGUGGAAAGAGUUGCAAAUAUCCUAAAUCUGUAACAUGCAAAAUGCUUACACUGGUAUACCCCUCCUCCAUCUUAUAUCCUUUUGAAUCUAUACUUUAUUGUAAUGUCAAGGUUCAAUUGAACACAGGCCUAGGUGAUGUAAAUUGUCCAUAUAUUUUAUCCUAUCACUCCUUAAUUGUGGUUAUAUUUGCUCUAAGAUGUGAUACCCCAAAAUGUAACUUGUCUAGAGCUUUUGCUUUGUUUGUCUGAUAUCUAAUCUAUUUUUAUCACUUAAUUAUUUAGUGCUUUGUGUACAAUCCCACAAUAAUUAGUAUUUAUAUACAUAGUUGCAACUUUAUUAGGUACAUCCUGCAAUGUUCCCUUCAAGUGGUAAUGACCAAUGUGUGCAAAAAUGUUGUGCUGUGUAAUUUUUCCUCAGUGACAACAACAUGUGUGCAUGGAAUAAUUUCUUCAAUAAAAACAAUAUUAAUAAGCCUAUUCUAAGAUCUGCAGAGAAAUAAUCAUAAAGGCCAUAUUGUCAACACGAUCUGCAGCAGAAACUGCAAAAGGGAAUGUGAUUGUGUAUGAUCAUGAAAUAUACUUAC